CAGUCGGCAGUGAGCGCCGCACCUGAACGGUGUGCAGUUUUUUCGUUUUCCAACCUCGUGAAGAAAUUUUUGUUAUUUUUUUUUUGUUAUUUUUAUUUCGAUUUCUUUUUUUCCAUUUUUUGAGAAGAAAAGUGGAAGAAGAAGGAACGUUUUUUUGUUUUGUUUCUCACGACCGAAUCAAGCGGGACUAUUGUCUUGUGUUUCACACACAUUACCCGACUCUAUUUGACACACACACACACGAUUCGCUGUGCCUUUGCUUCUGCUGCGCUUCGAUUAUUUAACAAUCGUUUCGCAGUAGUAAAUCAUGCGUGCUGUGCUUCGCCGACCCCCGAGCUGUCACGAGAGGCCUUCACGGCCAUUUUAAAAAGUUCAGAAAAAAAAAAUUUUUGUUUUUUAAAAAAUCAUUUUCAAAAAGUUGCUGAACCCAAUCCCGGACCACCCCUAAAUCAAAAGUUGUCAUUCGACAUUGAAACAACUGGUUUAUAUUGUUGGGAUAUUAUUAUUAUUAUUAUUACCAUUUCUUUUUUUCCCCCGGCGAGAUUACAAGACGAGUUCGCUUAUUAUUAUGCAGAGUAACCCAACAUCGCAGCAGCGGGGAAUGAAAAGUUGUGGGGAUUAAAAAACAAAAUUUGAAUAACUAUGGCAACGCCGCCGCCGCCGAAUUGUUUGAUGGAGAAGAAAUACCCCAGAGGCCCCAAAGCAGAAUGCAUUGAAAUUCUUCUGGUUAUGUCCCCCUAGUGAUUGUUGCUGCUGCUGCUGCUGUGUGCUGCUGCUCGUGUGUUUUGAAAGUUUUUUUUUUUUCAUUUUUAUUUGGUGUGGAAACUUGACUGUGUGUGCGAGUGUGUGAGUUUUGUUUGAUCAUAAUUUGAAAAAGGAAAAAUGUCGACAUGACGCCAUGACUGCACCGGGUUACCGUGAAGGUGAUGGCACGAUUUGGCCCUAACCGGACAGGAGGAAUAUUUCCAAUUGAAAUAUAGGGCACGUCCAAUCGUUUUCGUGUGUGCAAAAAAACGAGCCCAUCAAACUAUUGAAACUCUGAGAAAAUGUCCAAAGCUGACUGCAGGAAGUUUGCUCCCAACGUUUUCAACAAGAACAAGUGUGCCAGCUGCUUCAAAGCCAAGGAUGAGCACAGCGAUGAGGCCCUGGAGAACAAUCGGGCGAGCCGGAAAGUAGCCAAAUGCGGUUACCUGUUUGCCGCGCCCGACUGGGACUUCUCCAAUCCCAUCAACCGGACCAAGCGAUGGCAGCGGAGAUGGUUCGUCCUCUACGACGAUGGAGAAUUGACCUACUCGGUGGACGAACACCCGGAGACGGUGCCGCAGGCCAUCAUUGACAUGAAUCGCGUGGUGGAAGUGUCUUACGAGGCGGAGGAGGUGACUGGCCACCCAUUCAGCCUGGCGUUGACGGCGGCCGAUCGGGUCCACUUUCUCAAGGGGACGUCGCGUGAAGAAUCAAAGUGGUGGUUCGACAUCCUCUCCAUGUUCCCCAGGACUAAUAUGAAGACCGGACGUCAUAAAAGGAACGCCACCUUCCCCGGAAGCAAAGCCACGACGAUUAUCUCGACGCAACAACAACAACAACACCACCACCACCACCAGCAGUCGACGGCUCCCAAUUCGCCUUGUCUCAGCAAAGGUGUUUCGAUCCAGCCGUUCCAGACGCCGCCGAUGGCCCGACCGCGUUUCCACAGCCACACGGAGUCGCUGAUGCGGAGCGGUGCCCAGCACACGACGACGUCGUCUUCGUCGUCGAUGACGGGAGGCCUGCAGAACUUUAAUUCGCUGCCGGUCAAGGACACCAACGGCCGGAACGGCAAUUCAACUAGCGGUGGCAAUAACAACCGAAUUUCCAUCGAGGAAGACGACAUUAUUCCCGUCAAGGAAGUGGCGACUCUCAGUGUCCCAUCGGCCGUCGUCGCCACUUCGUCGUGUCCGCCACUGCCCGCCAAAGUUGUGCCCGCCGAGAAGGAGAUCCUCAUCGUCGACAAGGAUUUUGACGAUAAAAUCAAAACGAGACGUGUCAUCCGCCGGGAGAUCCGCGGGGCUCGAAGCGCCCGCUGCAAUUCGGAAAUAUUGAGCAGCCUCAUCAUCCAGCCCGGCAACAACAUGAACAACAACAGUAACGGCCACAGCAACAACAGCGGCAGCAAUAACAGCGCCCCAGGCAAAGGUUACGCCCUGGUUCUGCCCAGCUCGACCUUGACGGCGCCCAUAGGCAGCAAGAACAACGCCGGACUGGGCAGCAGCUGCACUCCGUCCGAACGGCCGCGAUCGGCUUUAUUGCCGCCCGUCCCUCCUCCAUCAUCGACAACGACGGCGGCCACGGCCGUGGUCGCCGCCAGUCCCGUCCCGCCACGCUCGCCCGUCAUCAGCGCCAACCCACACAGCCCGUUUUAUCUGUACAUGGCCGACGUCCCACGAAACCGACAUUUCGAGAGUCUGGAGAGUUUGCAACAUGCUUUCACUAACAUGAAUAGUCCGUCCAGAGCUAGACACAGCAGCUCCAAGGACAUGCCGGACUCUGGUGUGUCUCACAAGACGGAGCCGGCAACGCCCGUCAUCGCCACCAAGGAUCGACCCAUGAGCAUGCACGAACUGGGGUCCGCCUCGGCUGAUCGACUGCGCAGUGGACUGUCGUCGUACGAGAGUUCCCCAGUUCGCCCAGCUGCCGCCCUCGAACGACAAACGACAACGACUCGUCAACCCGAAACUAUCAAUCCGCCCGGAGAAGCGGUACGAGGAGAUCCGGAUGGAUGCGGAUUAGACCCCGUGACGUCCUUCUGCUCGCCAUUACCCGAUCGCCGCUCGGCGCUGACAUUGACGGCCCCGCUGCUGGACGACAGUCUCAAAAAGGGUUGGCUCCUCCGCUUAUCUUACGGAGGAGAGUGGAAAAAGUACUGGUUCGUUUUGAGGUACAGUUUGCUGUCGCUGUACCGCGACCACGCGGCGGAAGACGCCGGAUUGGCCGACGAGACGAUCGAUUUGGCCCAGAUCGCCAGCGUGGACGAGACGGACUCUGGCCGGAGCUAUGGCUUCCAGAUGGCGGCCGUCGACGGCAAGAGGCUCUACUCUCUGGCAGCUCUCACCUCCGGCAUCCGCACCCAGUGGAUCCAGGCCCUGCGCAACGCUUGCAAUCAAGGCAAAAUGGCCCACCUGCCCACCAAGUUGCUGUCGGCCGCCAGUAGCGCCGCCGCACUCAAGGCCGUCAAGGAGAACGUCGAUCCGGCCGCCGUGUCCCGCCGCGAGGCGGAUGACGAAUCGCUGGAAUCCUACGACGGAUCGACCACCGAAGACGAGGACGAAGAUGAGCUGGACGACGACGACGACGGUGACGUUAUUGUCCAUCAGUCGGAAGACGAUGAAGACGAGGACGGCCAAGACAACGAGAAUCCACCCGGACCGGAACCCAUUCCGUCGCUUCCACUGUCGCCUCCACUCAAUCGAACUCCAAUGUCCAAGGUGAAAGAGCGGGACCGAUCGAGGUCCAGCUCGAGAUCUCGCUCCCGGCACCGUUCCGCUUCGCCGUCGUCGGUGAGAACCAACAGCCCGCCGACGGCUGGGCUGGUGAUUUCCGUUCCGCCUCCGUCACACGGUGGUGGGGAUGCGCCGGCCGGUGGUGGCGCCGGGCACGUCCAGAAUCGACUCGACGCGGCCAAGGGUGAAAUCACCCGUUUGCUCAACGAGCGUCGAGAGCAAGAGAGAGAGGCCCAGCAGCAGCUGGUGACGCUCAACGCCAGGCUGGCCGAGAAGGAGCAGCAAAUGAACCGAUUGGCCGGCAUCCUCGAGGCCAACAAAGCCGAAAGCAAACGCCAAUUAAUCGACAUUCAGAACCUGCUGGACCAGAAGGAAGCGGAACUGAGGUCGUUGAGGGACGACUCGGCCAACGGCCGGGCGGAGAACGCUGAACUGCGUGACAGUCUCAAGCGUGAACGCUCGGAGGUUUACAAAUUGCGCGACGUGGCCCAGGAGCUGCGCUCCCUCCUGGACAGCCGCAACGACACGCUCAAUCAGCUGCAAAGCAAAACCAACGAGGUGGAGGUCCUCAACCGGAGGCUCAAGGCCACGCAGGAGAACCUCAGUCAGACCCAGGAGCGGCUCCAGCGCGGAAUCGAGGAGAACGAGGGACUUUUCGCCCGGCUCAGGCAGAUGGAGGACAACCGGGCCGGUGUAGGAGGUGGCGGCGCUGCUUGUGUCGGAGGAGUUGGAGGGUCCGGAACAGCCGGAUCGUCUUCUCUGAGGCGCAGCCGCAGCUCGACGGGCGGCUCCAUGCCGCUGCCGCUCCAGCUGUGCACCCGCAACCUCCUGGGCGGCAGCAGCAAGAAGAGUCUGCCCAGGCUGGACUCGCUGAGCGACUUGAGCAACAUCGACUACGACCUGGACCUGGAGUCGCUGGACCGCGAGAGUCUGGUCGACGAGUACGUGGAGCUGCGGGCCCGGUUCGAGCGAUCCCUGGUGGAGAUCCGGGCCCUCAAGCGGGAGCUGCGCCAGGCCCAGUCGGCCGUCGACGGCUUUGAAGUGGCCCAGAUGGCCCUCAAGCAGCAGUGGCAGGCCAAGGAGACGGACUACAACUCACAGCUGAGUCUCAUGGCGGCCAGGGUCCAGGACCUGACCAGCAAAAUGGCCGCCGCCGACAAGCAGGUCCGCCAGCUCAAGAUCAAGGUGGCCAAGUCGGAGAGCCGCGAGAAGAGGCGGACCCAGUCGCUCAAGGGCCGCGAAUCCUUCCAGCUGUCCAAGGAAGUGGAGGACAAGCUGGUCGAUCUGGAACACAAAAUGGCCGCCCUGGGCACUCCGUCUUCUGCCGACAAAGAAGGUCCGCCGUCCAGGGCCCGAAAAGGAUUCGAGGAGCCGACCAAAUCGUUCCGGAUGCGACGCAAGUCACUGGAGGGUGGCGCCGUCUCCGGCGGCGGCGACUCGGUCAAGAUCUUGUUGCGAGUCGACCAGCUGGAACAGCAACUGGCCGGCCGUCAGAGCACCACCCCCACCCCCAGCGGUGGCAGGAAAUCGUCGUCGACGUCCAUCGAGCGCAAAAACUCGCUGCCCGGCAGGUCACCGCAGGGCAAACCGCCUCGUUCCAGCCCAUUGAAAGUGGUGACGGCCGGCACGGGAUUGUCCGCCAAACACUCUGUCACCCACGACGGGCCCAUCAGCCGCUCGUCGAAACUUGUUCAAGAUCUGGAACAGUGCGUCGUCGAGCUGGAACUUAUGUUCGACGGUAACAAGAUGGACGGCCAGAGUCUCAUCGGCAAAAUCCGCAACAUCCAGCAGGAAUUGCUGAACCCGGACGGUGUCCGCGUGGCCGUCUCGACGUCUGACGGAGCCUCGCAGGUGGAAAAGAUCCAGGACCUGCUCAGGGUCCGUCUCUCUGAGCUGAAAGUCAAGCGCGAUCAGGUCCGCAGUCUGGGCAAACUGGACUCGGCCGCCGUCAGCCAGAUCGCCGCCGAGAAGCUGGCCUUGGAGCUGGCCAUCGCCGAGCAGUUGUCGACCGUGACGGCCGCCAAGCAGCCGGAAGAGAGGGAAAUGCUCCGCGACGCCAACUGGACCAUCCACAAGCUCAGCUGGUUGAAACGCAAAUUGAACGGCGAGCGAUCGGCGCCGGCCCUGGACCAGUCGACCAGUUUUGGCACUUACUGCUCCGCCCUGGCCGAGCGCCUCUCGGCCAUCGCCGCCAUCUCCAGCACCUCCCGCUCUCACCAAGGAGCGGAAUUAGCGUCCGAGCUGGCCGGCAAUCCUCCGCUGCUGCCGCCUCGAGUGGCCCAGCAGCUGGCCGAGGAGGAGCGCGACUUGUCGAUCCUCUUCUCCAAGUACAAGGAGGAGAAGCUCCAAGAGCUGGCCCGCCUGCUGGCCCACGAGACCCUGCGCAUGGGCGACAGUCCCAGCGCCGACAAUCAGCUGGUGGAGGAGGUCAAGGUCCGCGAGGCCUGGCUGGAAGCCCAGGAAGUGGCCAACAAGGAGCUGGUGGACAGCGAAGUCCGGCAGGCCAUGACCCGCAUGGCCGAAGUCUUUGCCGAAGACGUUGCCGACGAGGAGCGUCUGGCGUCCGCCCUGCUCCUCUGGCCGGCCCAGCAGCUCCAGUACGAGCAGCGCUGCCAAGUGGUGGAGGAAGUCCUGCGCUCGGAGAUGGAAGAGGCCGUCCUGCUGCUAAGCAAUGCCUACGAACGGAGCCUCCAGCAGAUGAAGUGCCAGUCGUCGCUCCUGCAUCCGCCGGAAGGCGAUCUGGAAGCGGCCCUGAGCGAAUUCGCCGAAGUGGUGGCCCACAAGGCCCUGAUUGACGGCCACAUUGCCGUCCUGCAGGGCGAGACGCCGUUCCAGCCGCUGGCCACUAGCAGCGGAUCCGAUUCCAGCAUCGUCCAGAACGUCAGCAUCAUCCAGGAGACGGAGGCCAUCAUCAACUCGAUGUGCAGCCCGGACUUUUUCCCGGCCUCACUCAAUUGCGGCGAAGUGGCCGCCAUCCUGCACCGCAAUUUGGCCGAGCCCCGUAGCAACAGCAAACCGGAAGACUCCUCCCCCUCUUCCGGCGGAAGAGAAUCUGAGCGGAACGGCAACGGGAAUAACGCCAAGUCGUCGGCCAUCAACGAGGACAUGAUCCGGCAAAAGUACCAGGCCGAAAUCGAGCAGCUGCGCGCCCUGACGGAGAAGGGCAUGUCGGCCAUGGAAGGAUCUCACAAGCGAAUCAUCGCCCAGAUGGAAGAGAAACACCAACAGGAUCUGAACCGCCUCCAGGUGGAAAAGGAGCGGGCCCUUGCGGAAGAGACGCAGGCCACCCUGGCCGCCCUGGACGCGAUGCGCAAGGCCCACGAGGCCGAAGUGCAACGCGAAAUCGCCCGCUUCAAGGAAGAGUUUCUGAGCCAGGCGGCGGCCCGCCAGGCUCCAGCCCAUCGGGAAUUGACGCCCAACCGGGAGCAGGAGAUGGAAGAGAUCCGCCGGCAGAUCCUGUCGCUCAGCGAGAAGUACUCGCACAAGUGCCUGGAAUCGGCGGCCCUGGAGCAGAAAGUCUCGUCGCUCAGCCAGCAGAUGGCCGUCUCCCAGCGGCAGAUCCUCGACCUGGAUUCGCGCAACCAGCAGCUCCGCUCCUUCCUGGACACUGGGAUCGGCGUCGACCACCAGCCGGACGCCAGUCCGGCCGAAUUGCUCCGCGCCAAGGAGAGCCAGUUGCUCAUGUUGCAGGAGGACGUGGCCGAGCUGCAGUUCUGCCUGCGGGAGUCUCAAUCCCGCGAGGAAGAUCUGGCCGCCAUGGCCCGCAACAUGGGCCAGUACCUGCGGACGGAGCGGACCCUGCAGUCGGACGAAGUGGCCGCCCUGCGCCACCGACUGGAGGACCUGCUCCUCCUCAGCGGCCACUCGAGCGUCGGAGGCAGCGGCCCCAGCGGCCUGCAGUCCAGCAGCCUGCUGGGCCGGAAGAACAGCAGCGGCGACGACAAGAGCAGUCCGUCGCGAGAGUCGCCUCCGCGCGAGUCGAUCCGCUUCCACUACGUCCGCUCCAAGGACUUGACCCGCUCGCCCAGCUGCCCCCGACUGUCGGGUUUUUUAUCGCUGGCUCCGAGACUGACGGCCCGCUCAGUGCUCCCUCCCAAGGAUCUGUCCACCAGUCAGGUCCCGUCGGGAUCGAGCGCCACCCACCACUAACCUUGCCAGUCGCGCAUACCUUGGCGCCGCCACCGCCACGACGCCCGUCCCUCAUAACCCCGACGACGGACAGAACGGUGACGCACAAGGUGACUGUCAAACUUGGCCGGCCGGCUAUCUCGGAGAUGAGUUGCUUCAGUGCAGCGGACAAGGGCCUCAUGACCUUUGCCCUGCCGCUAACACCAACAACCACAACAACUAAUCUGAUGACCACUACUACGCAAUACUACUACCACUCGUUCAGCUUUGUCGAUAGACGUCCAGCACCUAAAAUUCCUCCGUCCACUCGUCCGUCUCCUCUUCCAUCUUCUUCUUCUUCUUCAUCGACUUGCACUUGGUCGUCCUCGUCCGCUUCUUCUCGCCUUAAUGCAGGUACUGCGGCAGCCACAACCCAUCCGUCCCGCCUAGUUCCCGUCAAACCGGACACGUCCAGCCCCCACCACCACCGAAGGCCAUUGAAUGUUCCUCCGCCGCCUUCCCCGUCCUCUUCUUCUUCUUCUUCUUCACUGCGCAGCAGCUCAACCGACGCUAAGUCUUACCUGAAACCUACCAAGGCUUCCUCGCUUAAAGCCCCUGGCACCACCACUACGAGAGCCAACAACAUUUCAUUCUGAAUUUUUCCUCUUUUAAAUCUUCCUUUGAUGCGCCGUGUGGGAUGAGGCUUUGUUGUUAUCAUCUCUUCCUUUCAAUAAUUUGAAAAAAUUUCAAUUUUCUGAAUUUCUUAUUUUUUCUUUUCUUUUACCCCCUUCCCAAUGUCAAAUCUGGACAUCCUAAAAAAGUAUUUUUUUGAUUACCAACGAAGAAAAAAGAAAACACUGAAAUCAAGAUCGAUGUGGCUUAUUAUUAUUUCAUUAUUUGAUAUCAACAGAGAAACAAAAUGUAUCAAAACUAACUUGUGUAUUUGCGAAACUAAUUUUUAUACGAUUUUUGGAUUGUUUUAUUUGGCUUCUCUUUUUUUAAAACAAAUUCUAUUUACUAGUGCGUGCUGCCGUUGCUUGUUUUUUUUUUAUCCCCCAUUUUUUUUUAAUUAUUAUUUUUAUUACAAAAUAAAUAAUUCAACAUUCAUCUGUGCCUGACCACAUUAAGGAAAUAAAAUGAAGUUUAUGACGGUGGUUUUAAUAACUAAA